AUUUCUGUGGUAUCAAAAUACUGAGGCCAUAAGUUCAUUGAAAAUACAAAGAACGUUAUUAAAAGUAAUCAUUAGAUUGUUAGUGAUAUUUGACGAGAAAGCAUCGCACGUAAUUUUAAUUUCAUCAUGUGGCUGAUAUAUCUUGUGGUUAUUAUCAUCUUUUUGAUGGUAAUUCUGUAUAAGUAUUCGAUGAGAAACUAUAACUACUGGGAACUGCAGGGAAUUCCGACUGCGCGGGGGACUGUUCCGUUAUUAGGACACAUGCUGGAUAUAUUUUUGCUGAGGAAAAGUGUGAUAACGUAUCUCCAAGAAGUCUAUGAGAGCCACCCGAAUGCCAGUAUGGUGGGAUUGUACAAAAUGCGGAAGCCAAUAUUGCUAGUAAAGCAUCCGGAACUUGUGAAGACAAUUAUACAUACGGAAUUUAUGAGUUUCAGUGAACAUGUGCCGCUGGAUGUUAAAACGGAUCCGCUCAUGGCUUCGGACGCUUUUUUUUCGAGUGGAGAACGCUGGCGACACGUACGUUACGUCAUUACAAAAGCGUUUUCGACAAAGAAGUUAAAAAACAUUACGGAAAUUAUCAGGGAAGAGUGUGAUAAGUUUGCUAAAUUCAUUGAUAAGAAGUUGGAUGGCAAAGAAGUUGUGGAAGUGAAUGCCAAGAAUUUGUUCUCAAGAUUGACGACUCAGGUGUCAGCUAAUGCGGUAUUUGGUAUUGACGGUGAAGCGUUGGUAGAUAAAGAUCCUCCGGAAUCAUUCAUUUCGAUGAUGGACGGAGUGUUUGAAGUGAAAACUUUCACCGGAAUACGCCAGAAUAUCAUUCUUUUGUUGCCUAUGCUCAGUAAAUUUUUUCAAGUGAGUUUCGCGCCCUCGUGGGUCAAUAGAACGUUUAUCAAAAUAGCCAACGAUAUCCGUGAGUUCAGAAAGAGUCGCGAGAUUGUUAGAGAUGACUUUAUGCAGCACGCGAUUGAUUACGAGCGUGAUGGUAAAUGGGGUGAGGGAAUGAUCAAUUGUCACGUGUUUUCAUUUUUCGCAGAAGGCUACGAAACUUCUAGUUUGACUUUGAGUGCGACAGCUUACUUGCUUUCGAAACAUCCGGAUAUUCAAGAGAGAGCGAGAGAUGAAGUGGUUGCAUUGCUGGAUAAAUAUGAAGGAAUUUGCUAUGAAGCUGUUAAUGAAAUGACUUACUUGGAUCAAGUUGUCCACGAGGCACUGAGGUUAUUUAGUCCGGCUGGAAGUAUGCAGAAAAUCUGUACGAAACCCAUCACUCUUCAAGGACCUGAUGGACUGACUUGCUCACUCAAACCCGGUGACGAAGUAUUUGUUUCCAUCAUGGGCAUUCAUAAAGAUCCGGAAAUCUGGAAAAAUCCUAAUGAGUUCAAUCCUGAUCGGUUUGCUAAAGAUUCCGAAGAAAGUCGAAGCAAGUAUGUUUACCUGAGCUUCGGCGAAGGUCCACGCAAAUGUCCCGGAAUGCGUAUGGGCAUGAUUCAAGUUAAAUCUGCAAUAGCUGUUAUUUUGAAGAACUACAUCCUCGAGCCAUCGUCUAAAAUGAUUGAACCUGUACAAAUAGACCCUAAGUAUUUUAUGAUUUCGCCUGUCAGAGGUUUUUGGAUAAAAUUACGCCAUUUACAUACGUAAAUUACUUCUACUACUAAUCUUGAUAAAUAAAAUUAGUUAUUAUUUUUAAUCCUACGUAAAUGUACUUUUUUUAUUUUAACAAAAACACAAAUGCUUAUUUUCCAAAGCUACGACAAUUUGAAAAUAUUUUCCUCACUCCACCUAUGACUUUAUUUUUAUGGUCAUUUUUGAAUAGUCGCAUUUUCAAAUAAAAAGAAAAUCAAAAUGUAGCAUUUGAAUCAGUCUAUAAAAAUUC